AUGGAGAUUCCACAUACGGGAAAUACAUUCCAGAGCGAAACCUUGGUGCAUGAUACACAGGAGGAAGAUUCUCGAUAUGUGAAGCGACGGAAUGAAUGGAACAAGGUGGCUGGCAAUAAAAUUGAGACCCUGAGUCUUGGAUCAGUCGACCGGACUUCUAUUUUGAAGCAUAUGCUUGCGAAAGUGCGUCAAGACAUGGGUGACAGAUAUGGAUCGCUUCUCGGAAAUUUCGACGUGGAAAAUUGGCUUGAAGAAAGCCUAAGCUCAGUUGUGAAAGAAAUUUGUGAACAGGGGAAAUUUGAUCUUACCAGAAAUCGGAGACAACCCGGAAUGCAAAAGGGGAGCGGGGGUUUACCUUCAUAUAUUGUGGAGGGAAGAUGA